AUGGCGCAGGCGUGGAAUCUAGAUCGAGCGGCCUGGCUUUAUCCACUCCGAGGGAUUCACUACUUUGCAACGCAUCGAUUCCUCUGGCCUCUUUUCAAAGCUCGCCUCGUGCCGAUAGUGCUCUUGUCAACGUUCGUCUACUUCCUUCUCUUCUUUUUUACCUACCUCCCGCAAGUGGCAUUCCUCGCCCUCUUUCAGGGCUGGGGCGCAUGGAUCAACGGUGCCUUUUUGGUUCUUGGGGAAGGGGCGGCCAUUGUGGCCACUUUAUUCGAAGCAUUCUUCGUGGAUGAGACACUCGUCGAUAUCUUUGACUCCGUGCUCGUGAAUGAGGGUCAAGAGCAGCUGGUGCUGGUGUCCCGUGUGAUCUAUCCCGAACCUGGCGACCCGGCCAGUCGCCUCGGCACUCCGACAACCAGCGCGGUGUAUUCGCCGUUCUCAUUCCGACAGAUCAUCGAGUUCAUCGUCUUGCUUCCGCUGAAUUUCAUUCCCGUGGCGGGAACCCCCAUGUUCCUAGUUCUGACUGGAUAUCGAGCGGGUCCUUUUCAUCACUGGCGAUAUUUUCAGCUUCUGGAGUUCACCAAGCAAGAGCGGAAAGCGAGUGUGCGCCGCCGGCAGUUGCAGUAUACCACCUUUGGUACGGUUGCACUUCUUUUGCAGUUAGUUCCUCCAUUUUCCAUGCUCUUUUUGAUGACAACCGCCACGGGCGCUGCACUCUGGGCCUCUGAUCUUGAGUGCAAGCGACAAGAGGCUCGCCAACAGCCCGCUCGACUAGGUGGUAGAUAUCGCGACAGCCCAGCCGUAUAA